CUUCUAGAAGAGCAUAAUCAAUAUUAUAAUGUUGUCUUGAAAGACAAUUUUGAUCAAACUUCUUUACCUUUUCACAAUUCCUUCAUGAAGUAGGUCUAAUUCGCCAAUUAGAGCGGUAGCAGGUUUUUUCCUUUGCUUUCAUAUCACUCUUCUCCUUCUUAUUCUUUCAAAACUUACACCUUCUUUUCCCUUUCUUUUUUUGGCUGGGUCUUCAUGCGUUGACUGAAUUGAUAUCAAAAAACAUUUAACAGAAUCAUUCCUCUGAAUUAAUAAGAGUUUCUUCCUUCCACUUACGAUCAGAUCAUUGUUACAACUACGAACCGAUAUUUCCAGAAACGAGUACUCAAUCAAGUAAAUUAAACUUCUUAUUUACAUCGGCUACGCUUUUUACCAUGAACAUUCCAUUGUCCGAACACGUCACGGCUUCAAGUCUCGGAUCUCUCAAAUUUCCACCUUCACCUCCUCAUAGACACGAACUUUCUUCCUUGACAAAGGUCUAUGAUCCUUGUCAAUAUCUUAAAGAAGGAACACGAGUUUCUCAAGCCGAGAUUACAUCUUUCUAUUCUCCCGCAAAUUCCCUAUAUGAGCCAGAUGGAACAUCGACAAACGCUUCAACUCCUCCAAUGCCCGGAAUACAACAAGUCAAUGGCUCGUCGUCUUCCUUUCAACGCUCAUCAGCUUCCCAACCAUCACAUCCAUCUCGACAAACGAUAGCUCCUUCUUGUCCUCAGUGCAAAGGACACAAGUAUGGCUUCAAAUCAUAUUUUCACAACACCAACAUUUUUUCCGAGCCACCGCACGAUCUUCUCAUGUUUGUGGAGCAAACUUAUCUCUUGAGAAAUCGGCUCAAGAGCUUGAUGAUUAACUAUGUCACCAGGACGGUUGACAAUGAUCGGCUUGAAGUGAUCAGUAAUGAGAUUAUGGAAUGGAAGGGUCGCGUAGAGUGUCUAGCAAGAGAGAUCUUGGUAUCUUCAAUGGGGUUUGAACUGAAUACGGAAGGCCUUGAAGCGGUGAAAGAUUGGGCGGCGGAACUGGUUCGAAGAUUGAAUAAUCACGUGCGUGGAAUUGUGAGGAUGGAACUUUCAAAUGAAGAUCAGAAGGGACUGCUUAUUGACUUCAAGAAACUAUGGGAGGUGGUCUGGACAAGUUAUUUGCUGGAUCGAAAUAAUCGGAGGAUGUCGGGAAGAUCAUUGCGGUCAAGAGAUACCGAUUUACCAUCCUCGGAACCCUAAGCAAGCAGUUUCUGAGAUUUAAUUUCUGUCAACAGUGGAUGGACUUGAUAGAAUUAAGUAGCCCACAUGAUUGCGGACGUUAUUUUGCUUUAUCAGAAUCUUCUAGACGUAAAUGGUAUCUUCUAGAUGUAAAUGGUAUCUUCUACUUGUAUACUUGUUUCAUGCUUUUUCGGCUCACUUGAUGAAGAAGAAUAAAAGUGAAUGCUGGGGAGAUAUAAGAUGGAAAUGAAGAUGAUGGACCCAUUCAUCUGUUCUCUGCUUUCUUUCGCUUG